GCCAUGGUGCGGCUUCUCGGGCUGCGGGGCCUCAGCUUCGGGCCCGAGGAGUCGCCGCGGGAGAUCACCGCCGCCGCCGCCGGGGACGCCACCCCGCCCGUGGGGAGCAGCGGCUGGCUCGUCCGCUUCUUCGACUCCGCCUUCUUCUGCGAGUGGAUCGCCGUCAGCUACCUCUACAAGCACGACCACGCCGGGGUGCGCGACUACCUCUGCAACCGCAUGUACACGCUCCCGCUCGCGGGACUCGAGGCCUACCUCUUCCAGGUCUGCUACAUGCUCGUGCACAAGCCCAGCCCCUCCCUCGACCGAUUCGUCAUCGACACCUGCGCCAAGUCCAUGCGCAUCGCCCUCAAGGUGCACUGGAUCCUGGCUGCCGAGCUCGAGCUGGAGGAGACCGACGACCUGGAUGGGGUUGACAAGGUGCAGGAGCAGUGCCAGGCUGCGGCAACCGUGCAGGGCGAGUGGCCGCCGCUGGUCCGGCCUGCGCCGCUGUCCCCUGUCGCCAGCCCGCGCGCCAAUCCCAUGCUCAGCAGGAUACGCUCCUCGAAGCAGCGGCUCAUGUCCCUCGCCUCCUCGCCCUCUCUCGGCCUAAGCCCACCUGCAAGCGGGACCAAUGUGGCUGCCAACGCCGACGACGCUGGGAAGCAGCCUGUCACACCGUCAUCCGAGGACAACAAGCUGCUCAGGAGAUUGAGCUUUGGGCCCAAGGUCUUCUUUAGGCGCUCCAUUGAGAAGGACGAGGAGCAGGAUAAGGAUGGCUUCUUCAAGAGGCUGCUCAGAGACAGCAAAGACAAGGAAGAUUAUGAUGGAGACAAGGAAGGAUUCUUUAAAAGGUUGCUCAAGGAUAGCAAGGAGAAUGACGAGGACGAAGGGGAUAAGGAUGGUUUCUUCCGUAGGUUGCUUAGGGACAGCAAGGACGAGGACGUGGAGCUCACGCCUAGCUCCGAUGGUUUGUUGAAGCGAUUCUUCCGUGACAAGGAGGACAGACCCGGCGACGAUGACGAGAAGGAGGGCUUCUUUCGCAAGAUGUUCAAGGAUAAGAAUGAUGAGAGGAGAGAAAGCACGCCAGCAAAGCAUGGGGAUGAGGGUAAGAGUUUGGAGGAUGAUGAUAAAGAAGGCUUCUUCCGCAAGAUGUUCAAAGACAAGAAUGAAGAGCGGAAAGAUGGUGGCAGUAUGAAGCAAAAUGAUGAUCGGGAAAAGGUUGGUGUGAACGCUGAAGAUGACAAGAAGGAUGGCUUUUUCCGCCAACUUUUUAAGGAGAAGAAUGAUGAGAAAAAGGAAGGCACCACUCCUAGCAGCAAGAAAGAGGACGAUGACAAAGGCAAUAAGAGCAUAGAGGAUGAUAGUUUCUUCCGCAGAAUUUUCAAGGAUAAGAAUGAAGAAAAGAAGGGAGCUGCUCAUGACAGGAACGAGGAUGAUAAGUGUGAGGAAGGUGAUAAGGAGAAUUUCUUCCGGAAACUAUUUAAGGACAAACACGACGACAGGAGAAUCGAAGGGCUUGAUAAAAAUGUUGAUGAUGGUAAGAGCACCAGUGGUAUCGAGGAGGAGGAAAAUUCAGAGUUCUUGUCAUUCCGCAGGUUGUUCCGAGUGCACCCGGAGGAUGCUAAGAGUGGGCAUGUAGAAGGUAGUCAGCCUAACGGCAUUUCUGAGGGUAGCCCAGGAUCAGAGAGCUUUUUUAAGCGUUUGUUCCGUGAUAAAGAAGACUCUGAGAUUCUUGGCUCAAAACUAUUGAAAGAGAAACACCCUGACUCCAUAGGAAACAGUGACAGACAAAGUGGAAAACCACCUUUACCAAACAAUGUGAUAGCAGAGCUUCGAAAAGGCUCUUACUACGCUUCGUUGGAGCUUGUUCAAUCACUGUGUGAUACAUCUUAUGGUCUUGUCGACAUAUUUCCCGUGGAAGAUCGUAAGAUUGCCUUGCGAGAGUCACUUACAGAGAUCAAUUCACAUAUUGCUUCCAGUGAGAAAAAUGGAGGAGUAUGCUUUCCAAUGGGGAAGGGCAUAUAUCGAGUGGUUCAUAUACCUGAGGAUGAAUCUGUUCUUCUGAAUUCUAGGGAGAAAGCUCCGUAUCUUAUAUGUGUUGAAGUUUUGAAAGCAGAAACACCAAGUCACUCCAAAGGGUCCUUAGAUGCGAACAAACUAUCAAAAGGUGGGAUACCGUUGGCUCAUGGAGAUGUUCAGUUGCCAAAGCCGCCGCCAUGGGCAUAUCCUUUGUGGAGUCGACAUGAACCACAAAAUUAUGAAACAGACAGAAUGCUGAACUCUACCUCUCAGGUUAUUGACCAAGCCAUGUCUCAACUACGGGAGGCUAAAGUGAAGUUCGUAAAUGUUAGUUUCUCUAUCGAGAAAAUUGGCCACUCAAGAAGCAUUGCAAUGUCUGAGUCGGGGCGUAGGACACGGCAAGCUACGAUAGAGUCACGUGAUCUAUCGGGAGAUUCCCAGGCUGUUGUUGAUCAGCCUAUCGAGUGGGUAAAGGUUACUCUGUCUGCAGUUCCAGGAGUUAACAUGGAAGAUGUAGAUGACAAUGAACCGAUACGUAAGAAGGACCAUCGCCGUGUUCCAAGUACUAUUGCAAUGGAGGAAGUCAAGGCUGCAGCAUUAAAAGGAGAAGCUCCACCUGGUCUUCCACUGAAAGGAGUUGGUCAAAGCAGUCAAAAUUUAGAUCCUAAGGCGGCUGAUGGUGGAGAUCCUAAACCGACUGAUGCUUUGGCUGGUGAACUUUGGACUGUCAAGAAAGAGAGAAUACAACGCUCUUCUGUUCAUGGAAAAUUACCUGGCUGGGAUUUGCGUUCUAUUAUUGUCAAGAGUGGGGAUGAUUGCCGCCAGGAGCACUUAGCUGUACAGCUUGUUGCACACUUUUAUGAUAUAUAUCAAGAAGCUGGCUUACCACUUUGGUUACGGCCUUAUGAAGUUAUCGUUACAUCUGCAUAUACAGCGCUAAUUGAGACUAUUCCAGAUACGGCAUCAAUUCAUUCUAUCAAGAGUAGGUUUCCCAAUAUCUUGAGUCUCCGUGACUAUUAUGUAGCCAAGUAUGAAGAAAAUUCUCCAAACUUCAAACUUGCACAGAGGAAUUUCGUGGAAAGCAUGGCAGGAUAUUCAAUACUGAGCUACUUGCUUCAGAUCAAGGAUCGUCAUAAUGGAAAUCUCUUGAUAGAUGAGGAAGGACAUAUUAUUCAUAUUGAUUUUGGAUUCAUGCUUUCCAACUCUCCUGGAGGGGUAAAUUUUGAGAGUGCGCCAUUUAAGCUGACGAGGGAGCUCCUUGAAGUGAUGGAUUCUGACGCCGAGGGAACACCCAGCGAGUUCUUUGACUAUUUCAAGGUGCUAUGCAUUCAAGGGUUUCUUACUUGUCGGAAGCAUGCAGAGCGUGUUAUACUUCUUGUGGAAAUGUUGCAGGACUCCGGCUUCCCAUGCUUUAAAGGUGGUACUCGCACUAUACUAAACUUGAGAAAGAGGUUCCACUUGAGCCUCACUGAAGAGCAAUGCGUGUCUCUGGUACUCUCAUUGAUCAGUAGCAGCAUGGAUGCGUGGCGCACUCGGCAGUAUGACUACUACCAGAGAGUAUUAAAUGGGAUUUUGUGAUGUACACCAGGAGCACUGAGCAAUUGACUCAUUGAGAAACCUAUCUGCUUGUGUCAUCAAGCAAAUCCUUGGAACGAACAGAUCAGUCUGGGGCUGAUCUAGCGUGCUAUGCCCACCAUGAUUGGUAUGAGUGGAAAAACCAGGUAACGGGGCAAUGUGUUCUGCAUCUCGCAUGCGGGAGUAGUCCUCCUGUGUAACACAAGCAUUGUCUGCAUUGUGCUUGCGUGUUAUUUUACACUCUCCAUUCAUAAGGUUGAGAAAGUGUAUAGUCAUCGGCAGUUAGCUAGUUAGAGCUUAAUAGUUAAACUAGGAGGUUUGCUACUGGUGAAGCUGUUAAGUGUAUUGGGGUUUGGAACUGGAGCUGCAUUGCUGUACAGACAGUUGAUUGAGGGUAGCCUGGGCAGGGUCUAGGAGAGGAUGGAUCCAUACAUGGAGCGAAGUGUAAAUUAUAGACAUGGAAGCUGGGAGUCGCCUGGGGCAGCAGCGGCAAGGGUUGUGUUUGCGUGGUUGUUGUCUCGUCCUGUGACAUCCCAAUAGCAUCGAAGUAAACGAUGAUGUAAAUUACCCAUUACUGUACAUGGUCCAUACAAUAGGAGCUUGUUGUCCCUCUUUUUCCCGGUCAUCUGUUUUACUGUUUUAUUGAGCGGCAGCACUCCUGUUGGUGUUGGUGUCAGAAGUUGCUUAACAUGCCUAGUGGUAGGACAAGUGUAUCCUAAAAACUUGCAGUCUUUCAUGACAUACUGGUAUUGCCAGUAUUACGUAUCGUUGUUCAUCGUUUGCCUUUU